AUGAAGACUUUGCACAACCCAACAAUCAACUGGAAAAGGGACCUGGGCCUCUUGGUCAAGAUGGGCACCCGCCGCGCGCUAUUCCCCAACCAGCGCCUCGCGCCGCUGAUGCACGUCGUUGCUAUCGUGAUGCUGUUGGGCCUGUUCCCCGGCAUCUUUCAGUUUGCGACCGAGCAGCUCUUCGUCGACCCGCAGAUUCUGGAAGUGAGGGGAAUAUCGGCACACAUGUUGCCUGCUUUCGCUGCCGAAAGCAAACGCAAGAACUAUGUGUUGCUGUUGGGCCAAGAUCCUAGUCUCCACGUGAAGACCAAGUCCGCGCAAACCUCGAGUAUCGAGCUCUGUUGCGAGACGGAUCCAGAAAGCCUUGCCAACUGCACGGAUUACGUUCUUGAGCAUUCAUUGAUUCAGUUCGAUGAGAAGCCAGCCAUCCUCAAGAUUCCGGCCGUGGCAGCCACCAAUUGCAGUCUGACCGCUCGAGGCCUGAGCAAGAAGUCAUGGACGAUGCUGGAGUUGAUGGUGGAGCUCCAGGAUCUGAAGCAUGUGUGUGGCUGUUCCAAGAACAACUGCAGCUGCUGUGAUGGUUACGAGGGUGGACUCGUGGCCGAAGGAGAGGAGUUGCAGAACAUGUUGGCGAAGGAUGUCUGCACUCCAGUUUCAUGUGCCAUUAAGAGCUCGAACCAGAAGGCAGGUCCCGAAUGCAGAUGCAGCAGCGGCUUCGUCGGAGACAUUUCUUGGAAUGGUACCCAGGUCAGUGGCACGUGCACGCCUGCUCCAUGCUACGUUGAAGACUCAAACAGGAAAGCAGGGCAUGAGUGCCAGUGCAAAGACGGUUUUUCCGGUGAGGUGAGCUGGAACCAAUCUGAGGCCGUUGGUCCAUGUCGCUCUGCGAACUGCAGCAGCAUCCGAAACUCCAUUGGCAUGGGGACAGAUUGCAAGUGCAGGGACGGCUUCGCCGGCAACAUAAGCUGGAACCGUUCGCAACCCCUCGGUUCAUGUGUACCGGCACCAGGCUGUGCAGAAAGCAUUGAACACAGCGUGGGCGAAGGUCUGCAGUGCGAGUGCCAAGAUGGCUUCACAGGCAACAUUCGAUGGCGCGGCGCAGUGCCUCAAGGAAGCUGUCAAGCAGCUGAAUGCAACGUUGUGAACUCCAACCGCCAACCUGGCCUCGGCUGUAGAUGCUUGGACGGAUACCAGGGUGACAUCAAGUGGCAAAAAAGCCACGCGAGCGGCGCCUGCACACCGGCACGCUGCACGAUCACAAACUCCAACCAAGAGCCGGGCCAAGCGUGCGCGUGCCUGAAGGGAUAUAAAGGCGAGAUCACUUGGAACAACCAAACACCGCUGGGAGAGUGUGGGCCUGCGUCAUGUGCACACAUUGCCAAUUCCACGGGGGCAGGGCCAGGAUGUCACUGCAGCGAUGGUUUUGUCGGUGAGGUGACCUGGUCGGGUUCCAAAGCUUCGGGGGACUGCAAGCCUGCAGAAUGCGCAAUUUCAAACUCGAACAUGAAGCUCGGGCCUGCAUGCAAGUGCAACGAGGGGUUCUGGGGCGAUAUCUAUUUCCGCGGAUCACGAGCGUAUGGUCAUUGCUCUCCGCUGCAGUGCCUUGGGUCACAUUCCAAUCGCAAGGAGGGCCUUGGCUGUGGUUGCGAGGAUGGAUUCCAACUCAACGGCUCCAGAGUGCUGCUUGAUCAGGAACGUGCAUGGAGGAAGUACAAGAAGAGCGCGAGUAGAGCGUUUGAAGUCAAUUGUGUGCCGGCCCCGUGCAACAUCGAGCAUUCGAACAUGAAGCCAGGCAAAGAAUGCCGCUGUGCGGAUGGGUAUUAUGGAAGCGUCCGGUGGGAGGGUGCAGAUCCAACUGGGUCGUGCAAGGCAGCCUCGUGCAGGAAGCAAAACUCCAAUCGCAAGCCAGGGUUGGAGUGCAAAUGCUCCGACGGUUUUGCUGGCCAAAUCACAUGGAGCGGCCAAUGGGAGAGCGGCACGUGCCUCCCGGCUCCAUGCAACAUUUCCAACUCCAACGGUAAGCCGGGGAAGGCCUGCAUGUGUCUGGACGGUUUCCUUGGAGAGAUUGUGUGGACAGACGACACAGCCCAUGGGAGCUGCAAGCCCGCCCCGUGUAGCAUUCGGAACUCAAACCUCCAACCUGGGCCGGACUGUCAGUGCAAGGACGGGUUCCGAGGCAGCAUCAGUUGGGAUGGUUCCUUAGCGAAAGGGGCCUGCAAGCUUGUGCCGUGCCGGGUCCUCCACAGCAACUUCGCUCCGGGUCCGGCUUGCCGGUGUUUGCGUGGCUUCUUUGGCCGCAUUAGCUGGAGCGGCCCGAACGUGACGGGACUGUGUGCGCCCCGGCCGCUGUGUCGCCCCGGAAAUUCAGUCUAUUAUAUCACCCGACUGACUGCAGGCCUUGUAGAUGCCGACAACAACACCUGCAGAGCAGGGCAGGCCAUGCUCGUCCGUGGCAACACAGAAGGAGUGCUUGGUCGGUAUAAGCUGCUGUGGACUUCUGCUCACGCCUUGCCGCCCGCCAAAUGCAAGUUGGAAUGGCUUGGACUGGAAGCCAAGAAUCCGGACCCAAAGCACUUCAGCCUGACAAGCAAUUGCGCAACGACUCCUGGGCAGCCGCGCUGCUCCUCACGAAUUGUGUACAGCGCGACCAUUCGCAACACAUCAUAUUGUGCCUGCGAUGCCAGCGAGGCAUCAGAGCAUACCCUGGCCGAGUUUAGGGGCAGUCGCUGUGGAUAUGACCUCAUCAAGUGGGAGUCCCUGACCAUCUCGCCCGGAUCGCCUGAUGCAUGCACAUGCAAUCUGUCUCUGCCCUGCAGUGAACUGCCGUCAGAAGAGCUCCCCCGAGCUUGCAUCCACUUCGCGGAGCCUGCAGUUCUAUCUGUGUCUGACUUGGAUGACGAUGAUGACGAGGAUGAUGAUGUUGAUGCUGAGGAGUACUUCUAUAUUUUCUAUGAGACCGGAGAGCUCCUCAUCGCCAGUGCUGACUUGGGGACUUUUGAUGACCAGUAUGAUUACAGAUGGAUUUCUGACGGCAAGAACCUUCUAAUCCGAAUUCCGGGGGGGGCCCGUCUUUGGCAUGGGCGUGCAGCCGGCUCGCGCUUCUCUGACCGGAUUGAAACCUUACUAGCCCGAACGGUGCUUCCGGAGUGGUGGAAAGUCAAGUUCCAGCAGGAUGCGGCCUUGGGGAGUUUCAAUACCGACAAACUGGCCGGCUGCGAGUUCUCUUUCAAGUCGAAGGACUUGUGCUACAGCGCUCGAUUGGGACAGGGUGUCUGGGUUUCUCCGGCGCAAGGAGAUUGUGUUUUCGAGGAUGUCGCCAAAGCAAACAACAGCAUCGACCACAAGUACAUGUCAUCAACAUUCGGGAUCCAAACGUACCGAUCCAAUGUGCCCUGCUACCCGACAGCAACCUUCGAAGAGAUUCUGGUGCAGGCGGUGGACGUAGGCCUACCCGUGAAGGAUUUCAACUACACGGUUGCAAGUUCUCCCUGCCGAACAACGAUACGCUACAUGGUGGAUGCUGGGUCAAAGCUUUCCGAAUGCCACAGCUUGAUGAAGUAG